UCGAUUUGGGAUCUAUUUUAUUUUCAUCUUCUUAUUAUUUAAAAGCCCGAGUUUAAUCCUAUUCUUGUGUUUCGCCGUUUAUGUUUACAUUCAUUACAGAACGCGAUAAAAGAAACAUAUGGAAAAAGAGGGUACCAUUUGACAUAACAUUAUGAUAGCUCGUGAUCUACAUUGUUACAUAAACUGUAGCCUACGUAGGCUAUCAUGCUAUAUCUCCGGUUUCCUUUCAGUUCACACCACGUCAUGGGAUGUCUUGUCCCUGAGGCUGCAGUGGCGUCAGUAUGCAGUGAUGGACUGUGCUGUUCCCUGCUCGGAGGUCGUCCCAGAAAACAUCACCGAAACACCGGAGCGGUUACGUUACCGAGCUGCGAUAAGACGCAUACAUGCUUGAUAAGAGACUGGUAUAAACACACACAGGCAGAGGAUGUCUGCACACAGCCUGCGCUACCUACCAGAGGGAAGCACUCAGAAACACAACUGCUCUUCUCUGAGGCUGUUUGUACCGAUGGGUGUCUCACCGUCAGUGUGGCUGUACAGCAGGGCAGACGACAGCCCUCCCUCCUCUUCAUCAGCUUUCCCUCCGCUGGCUGUCUCCAUAUCCUCUCGCCUCGCCGUCACUCUGAACUCCUCUCCAAUUGCUCCAGGAGACAGCCGCUCACGCUGGAGCUCAACCCACUGCUCUCCUUCCUUCCUGCUGUCUGGCUGCAAACAGGAAGUGACACGUUCACCUGUUGAGCUGAGUACUGACGGGGUGAGGGCGGAGAUGGGGGUGAAGAGUGGGCUUCAUGUCUGGGAAGUGCUGUGGAGUCCCAACCAGAGAGGGAGUCAUGCUGUCAUCGGCAUCUCCAGGCAGAGCUGCCCUCUGAGGGCCCCGGGGUACGACGUGCUGAUUGGCCGGGAUCCACAGUCCUGGGGCUGGGAACUCAAAACCAAUCAGCUCUGGCAUGCUGGACAGAGUCUGGACCUCUACCCAGGGAAGAGGAGGCGGUUCCACCCUGAGGCCGUGGAGGAUGUUAGGACAAUGUCUUCCACUUCGUCACACAAAAAGAUGGCACAGACUCUUCUACCUAUCCCUGAGCGUGUCCUGCUGGUGCUUGACGCCGAUGCAGGGACUCUGGGAUUUGUUGUUGAUGGCAGCUUCCUCGGCGAAGCUUUCAAAGACCUUCCUCGUGGAGUGGAGCUGUUUCCAGCCGUGAGCAGCGUGAGAGGUGGAGCCAGCAUACGACUACGAUACCUGAACGGUGCCACACGUGAUCCCCCUGCUCUGAUGGCUUUAUGUGGACUGUCAAUUCGUCAGUAUUUAGGGCAAAAGAGGCAGAAUGAAAUGGACAAACUUCCUCUACCGCCUCGUCUCCAGCACUACCUGCUUUCUAAUCAAUAAUGUAUACUUGUACAUGAACAAACACAAACAAUAUGAAACAUUUAGUCAGUCACUUUAAUGUUCCAAAUAUGUAUUGUAUUGUAAAGUGCACACUCGUAUUACAGCCAGACAAACGUAUUUAUUAUUUAUUUUAUU